GCUUCCGCAAACAAGGUCAGUCACAUUUCCCUUUUCAAAUUAUCAUGGAUGGAGAACAACAUGAUUAUAUCCUUUGUAUAACAAUCUGUCAAUCCACCGAUUAUCUGUGACGACAACAUACAUUCAUCAAAACUUUUAUGACUCCCGUUUCCAUCGUCUCUUCUAAAGCACUGUCGCCUUUGCGCUUUCGAACCGUGUCUAACCGGGAGACAGGACUCCAGAUAAACCCAAGCAAUGGCUGCACCAGCAGAAAGACAGGUCCGGAUCUCGCGCGUGGCAGGCCGGUACCUCGUCUUUGACAUUGACGACGUCGUCCAUAUCCGCCGUCACUACGGCAUUUGUGCUGUCCUGACAGGCACCAUGCCGCAGAACCCGACGCAGAACCUCUUCCUCGGGCUUCCUAUCGAGCUGCACGCCGAGGAGGCCAGAUUGCUCGUUGACAAAGGCGCCGGCUACAUCGCUGACGAGCUGACCGACCACCUGUCGCAGCUUUCUGUUAUGGACGCGUCCACCCGCAAGGCCUACCUACAACACCUCAAGCAGCAGCGCCGAAACGCGCAGCAGGUGUUCGACGAGGAGAAGGCAAAGGUACAGGCGAAACACCAGGGCAAGCGCAAGGCCAAACCCGCCGCCGUAACCGAAACCACAGCCGCAGUAACAGAAACCGAAGAAGAUACCUCACUCUUUGACACCCCCAAACCCCCCUCCACAACCCUAACCACAACUACACCCAAAGAACCCUCCCUCCCGGGCGUAACCCCCACAACGAGCGCCCCCCUCAUCCCCUCCCCCACCCCACCGUCCCCCGCCGUCGGCAUCCCCCGCCCGGCCAACUACCCCCUCUACAAUUACCUCAACGCGCGCGGGUACUACACGACGCCGGGCCUCCGCUUCGGCGGCGACUACAGCGUGUAUCCGGGCGACCCCUUCCGCUACCACGCGCACUACCUGGCCAACAGCUACGGCUGGGACGUGGAGGUGGCCAUGCUGGAUCUGGUGGCGAGCGGGCGGCUGGGCACGGCGGUCAAGAAGAGUUUUUUGUUUGGCGCUGAGAAGCCUGUUGAGGAGGGGAGUGGUGCUGACGGGGGUGGGGAGGGGGGAGGUGGAGGGGAGGUGCGGGUGUUUUGUAUCGAGUGGGCUGGUAUGUAGUUGAUUACCUAUGGCAGGUGGUGUUUGGGAGGAUGAAUAUGAUACCCCGUUUUCUUUUGAGACGUGCUAUGAU